GCCCCAGACUCUGAGGACAGCACUGGCAUCAUCCCGUUCCCCCAGGGAGGUCCCCCAGUCACCCCUGCCCACAUCUGCCAGCCACCUGGCUGCCUUCCUGAAGGCACCUCAUGGCACAAGGAGCUGUGGGUGUCCCAAACUGCUAAGAAGGCUGGCUGGGGGCUUGACCAACGGCACUCACCUGUCCUCAACCCACUAGCCUACACAUGGGGUGCUCAGGCCCCUUGGGACAGCUGUGGCCUCAGCAGGGGACCAACUGAGGCAGAUAAGAGGGUGGGGCUGGGGCUGACCAGUGACCCAAGUCCUUCCUGAUUCCCCUUCUCACUUAGCUUAGCCCCCUUUAACCCACUCCUUCAUCUCAAACACUUCAACCAGGAAAGAAGGGUACAAGGUGACCUGGGCACCCUGGGUCCUGCUACCCCGUCCGAUAGGGGAUGAACAGUCCUCCCUCAAGAAAGUCCACUCUAAUGGCAGAGAGACAGCAGUCUGGGGAGCCUGCUGACGGGAGGGGGGCCCAGCCCAGCGCUCCAGGAGACCCUGGUCUGAAGGAUCAGCCCUGCAAGGCCCAGGCCGACAAGGAAGACUCGAUACCCAGAUACCCAUCCAGGGAGCUCCCAGGCCAAGGGCGGAGGCACAGCCCAGCCCCAGGAGCUCCCAGGCUAAGGGCGGAGACCGUCCCGGCCCCGGGAGCUCCAGUCCCAACGGGGAGACGCCGCCGGCCUCACGGAGCUCCCGGCCUCGCAGACGAGGCACCAGGCACACCCCGUCCACAGCGACACAGCCCGGACCCCGCGGCCCCGCUGCGGCUGGCCUGGCCGCGUUCACAACCCUCUGCCCUCCCAGCUCCCAAACGGAUGGGGCGGAGACCCCGGCCCCCUGGAAAGCCAUCUCGGCCACUGAUUGGUAGGUACGGUACGGCUCCCGCGGUUAUCGACGUAUUCCCGCCUUCCUGCAAGGACGCACCAGUCAGAGGUCCCGUUUGUGCCUCACACCGAGAUGACUUUGACUCGAUAGGCGAAGGCCCCUGUCCGUCUCGAUGGCGUCACGCCCCUCCGUGGCUGAUACACACAGAUAUAUGAUGGCAAGCCCCACUGUGCACCCAGCCCCAGCCACCCAGUUCUUCCCCCAGAGACACCCAA